AUGACGGAUGUUGUUGGUGUUGUUAAUAUACUUCUUGUUUGUGGUUUUCUUGGUUUGGGGUUACUUGUGCAUCGUCAUCCAAAACAUUGGGUGGAUUAUAUGGAAUGGGCUCUAGGAGCUCGUUAUUGUGCAAUUGCUGCCGACUUCAAUGGUUGGUCAGCUACAGAAAAUUAUGCAAGGGAGCAUUACUUUGGUCACGAUGAUUACGGAUAA